UUAUGUUAAUCGUAAUGUAAAGGUUACAAAUUGUCGUAGCAGUUAUCACCGAUCAAAUGAUUGCGGUUGAAGCGAAGAGGAAAUUGUCGACAGAUACUCACAUUCAAAAAAACGUCACCCACACAAUGAUCUAGUAAAACCGGAAGAUAAAAGAUCAUCUCAACGAAGCACAAAAAAUCUCAAAAUCGUACCCAUCCAAUUUAUGUCGAAUUUACUGGAAAUUCCUCCGUCUACAAAUCCAAAUUCACUCAGACCAUCUACAACCGAUCGCCAUCAUCGCAGUGGUUGCAAAACAGGCAAAAGAGGACUACAAAAAUUACAGCAAUUAAAGAUACUCGUCGAGAAAGCCAUACAAAAUCACAGAACAUUCACCGUUUUGGGACCAUUCACGUGCGUUAAGAAUGCGUUAAAAUUAAGAGGAUGGAUUGAGAAAUUGGAAGCGAGAAUAAGAGAAGAAGAUCUUCGAAGUGAACGAUCGCUUUCACGUGAUCUAAGCCCAGUUCCAAUAGAAGGUUUGCAAGAGGUACUGAAAAAUGAUUCGGCUGUUUCGGACGAUCUCCAGAUAUCCAGACUGUUGAGAGAUUACUGUGUCGAUUUCAUAUGGACGAUGAAAAAUGAACCUAUUAAAUGGAAAAAGUUGAGCGCCAAAACGAUCGUUAGUCGAUUCCCUAGAGCUGAUUUUACCACAAAGGCUGGUUUGUGUAGCAGUCUACAACAAUCCCAUUGGUACCACGAGACGAACAUAUCCCAAGUACAAUUUCCUCGAUGUUUCAAUAUCUCCAACGAAGAAGAACUGGAGACUUUCGUAGAUAAUUUCAGACUUACCGCUUGCAUCAGUCUGGUGAAAUUUAUACAAGAGGUUACUACUCAAGAUAAAUCUAUUUUUGAUCCCGAGGGAACGAUACCCCUGGCUUCGAUUGAGUUUGCUAUUCAACGUUGCAAACAAUACAUCUCGAGUCAAUUACACGAAGAUAUCGAUCAAACGGAUCAAGAAAAGAUAUGGGAUCAUCAGUGGGAUCAAUUUUUGACCGAGUAUUAUUCUGUGGCUCACGAAGGAGCAGUUUUUCUCGUCAGUGACGACGACAAUGAAGAUUAUGUAAAGGAAAUCGAAGAAAACUGCCAAGAUCUAGUUCAGCAGCUUGCCGAGCACUGGUCUCAGCUGCAAUUGGAUGGUACCAGCAACAUAUGGAUCUUGAAACCCGCAGCCAAAUCUAGAGGUCGAGGUAUUUGCAUAAUGAAAAAACUAGAAGACAUUUUAGCAAAAUUGGGAUCCAUGCAUACAAAAGAUAAUCGUUAUGUGGCUCAAAAAUACAUAGAAAGACCUUUGUUGAUCUACGAUACGAAAUUCGACAUAAGGCAAUGGUUCCUGGUAACAUGCGCUUUCCCAUUGACCGUUUGGAUGUACAAGGAAAGCUAUUUGAGAUUCUGUUCCCAAUUAUUUUCUCUUAUAAAUACUCACGAAUCGGUGCACCUUUCCAAUAACGCAGUUCAGUGCAAAUACACCAACGCCAAACGAGACCAAAAUUUACCAGAUGAGAAUAUGUGGGAUUGUUACACCUUCAAAACCUACUUAAGAUCAAAAGGUAAACCAGAAAUCUGGGAGACGACAAUAUACCCAGGAAUGUGCCAAAACAUCAUUGGUACCCUGUUAGCCAGUCAGGACACCAUGGAUCAUAGAAGGAACUGUUUCGAGCUAUUUGGAGCCGACUUCAUGUUAACUGAUAACUGCCAACCGUGGUUAAUUGAGAUCAAUUCUGGUCCUAGCAUGUCACCCAGUACCAGUAUCACUGCUCGAAUGUGUGCUCAAGUCAUGGAUGACGUAAUCAAAGUUGUCAUUGACAGGAAACUAGACAAAAAUGCAGACACAGGUAUGUUCGAACUGGUCUACAAACAAAUCAUACCACCUCCUCAACCUUACAUGGGUCAGAACCUCGUAGUAAGAGGCAUAAAAAUAGAAUCUGCCAAUAAACCCAAGCCCGACAAAAAGAAGAUCUCGAAUCCGAUCAGAGAAAAAUCAUCAAACGCUACGAAUCGUCUGGAAAAAUACUCUGGAAAAUUCAUCCUAGUCAGGAAUCGUAUCAGAGAAAAAUCGCAUUGUUUUGAUCUCACCAAAUACACCAACGUCAAAGUUAAACCUCAAACCAAGGUGGUCAAAAGUGGAAACUCUAUAAAUAAAAAGAAACAUCUAGAGUGGCAGAAAGGUUUGUGGAAGAAUAAUAAAGAAAAUACCUUCGUGAGUACCAGCAGCCCUGCUAAACAGUUACCAUUUGUUAACGAUAUGUUCAAAAUUAAACCAUCUUCUCCAGUUACCAAAAGCAAAGUUAAUCCAGUUCUUCCCAAGAUUGUGACCGAAAAUCAUUUAUAGCGAUUUGAAGAGUUUUUUUUUUUUUUUGGUUUAUUUCUACAUAUUUUACCUAUUUUAUUUUUUCGACUACCGUGUACAUUGAUUGCGGUGUUUUUAGAUUAAUAAAGUAAGUACUAUUGUUAA